GUGAAUACGUCAUCUAACAUGGUAGCGUCCACAAAACCGCGCGUGUGAAGGUUUUAUCAAAUCUGGCUACGAUACUUCGAUCAGGGCGAAAAAACCUAAAAUUAAGAGGUGUGCUUUCAGAAUUAAUCAUAAAUCUGGUAAUAACUGUUCUUCAUUAUUUAAAGGCCGUCGACUGAGUAAUUAAGACUGAGAACCGACCGUUUUAAAUCGGCCGCUGAACUUUCGGAGCAUCUCUACUGACUACCUCCUCAGUCGAAGCUUAAUGGGAGACAGGAUGGCAGAAUUUGCAGGAGAAGAUGUAUCUGAUUAUCCUGACACGGAUUGUGAAGAAGUAGAAGCACAGGCAGACGCAGACGUAUUUUUGUCGAAAAAUGGAACAAUCUGUUGGUCCAACCGGCUAGAUGAAGAUGGAGUAUGUCCAGGCAAGAAGCCAGCAGAGCGCAAGCUCAUUUCAGGGCUAACAAGGAUGGCUAGUUCUCAAGCAGGGGAUAUAGUAUCUACUUUUAAGCUGUUCAUUCCACACUCGAUUGAAAAGAUGAUCAUGGAAAAUACAAACCUGGAGGGGAGGCGGAGGUUUGGCGAUCAGUGGGUUGAGAUGGAUAGCACCGAGUUCAAUGCCUACCUUGGUCUGCUGAUUCUUAUCGGACUGUACAAGUCAAAGGGAGAAGCUGUUGCCAAUCUUUGGAAUUUUGAUACUGGAAGGCACAUAAUAUCUGGCACAAUGGACCUUGAGAGGUUUCGUGCUAUCUCUGUGUCAAUUCGCUUUGCCAAACACGAAACAGAAGUUGCAGCGAGCGCCGAAGACAAAUUAGCACCUAUCAGAGACGUAUGGGAAUUGUGGGUGGACAAGCUAAAUUUGCUGUACAACCCUGAUCAGGAUGUCGCUGUUAUCGAGAGGCUGAUUCCGUUCAAAGGUCGCUGUCAUUUCCAGCAAAAUGUGCCAAACAAGCCAGGGAAAUAUGCCAUAAAAUUAUGGCUGGCCUGUGAUUCCGUUUCCAGCUAUGUCUGGACUGUAAAGCUGUACACAGGAAAGACUGCAGGAGAAUCCGAGAAGAAGAUUCGGAGUACGAGAGUGGUGCUGGAUCUGACAAAGGGGCUGAAAGGUCACACUAUCUUUUGUGACAGUUUUUUUGCCUCUUAUGAACUUGCCCAAGAGCUGCUGAGAAGAAAAUUAUCAAUGGUGGGGGCUGUGCGGCGUAACAGGCCGGAACUGCCGCGCGCUCUGCGCUCAGCCGAAGGCAGGCCAGUGCGCUCCUCCAGAUCUGUGUACACCCCCAGCACCAUACUUGUCUCCUACAUACCAAGGAAAGAUGUGAAUGUCAUCUUCAUGAGCACCACCCACAAGUAUCGUGGGUGGACCCACACUAAAAAGAAACCUCAGAUCAUAUUGGACUACAAAAAGUCAAUGAGAGUGGUCAACAGCCUGAAAAAAUCCACUGACACCUACAGUUGCAGACGAGAGACGUCACGCUGGCCCCUUGCGCUGUUUUUUGACAUGCUGGAUAUCUCACUCCACAAUUCAUUUAUCAUUUCGGGCAAGGUCAGGCCUACAUCAGACACUCAAAAUUUCAAUAUAAGACUGUUUUUGCAGGCGCUAGGAGAAGCUCUAGUUACUCCUGCGGCACAGCAGAGGUCACCUCUGUCCAGUAAUCCCUUUGCUGGAUCAUUUGUGAGGGGUGUUAAACAGGCAGCCUCUGUAUUCAAUAACAUAGAGGCGAGGGAAGUGACAGGGGGAAAGACAAGAUGCCGGUUUUGCAAAGGUGGCGACGCCAAGACAAUGGUGGUUUGCGACAAGUGUGGAGUAUACAUUUGCCAAAGGCAUAUGACUGUUUACUGCCUAACCUGCACAAAUUAAUGUAUGCUCACAGCCAUCAGAUAAUGCUACAGCACCAGCCCUAUAGGCAUUUAUAACAUUAGUAGCCUGUGUAGUUUAGUUAUUUAGUGAUUUUGAUUAUUUUUUUUUGUUCUUGGUGGUUUGCUGCUUUGUUUUCUUGCAAUAGUUGCAAUUUUCCUUGCAUAAUUCUGUCUUGUUAAAGUUUUUAUUUUUUAGACUUGCAUUGUGAACAAUGUAACUUUUCUAAAUGCAGAGUAAAAUCCAUUGAAAUGAA